CCAUGCGAUUCUCUAACAAACGUAUCACAGAUAUUAAUAAGGACGAUAUAACGGAGGCUUCGCCGUUUAUAACGCUUUUUAAAACAACAUUGGUAAAAACGGUAUUCACUAAGCUACCUAACUUCGUCGACGAUCUGCCGAGCAACGAUUAUACGUACGAUGUUAACAGUGUUGCUAUGAUUUAUCUAAAGUAUAAUCGAGAAAAUCUCGACUAACUUAAUUUUAGGUUAUUUCAUCACUUUAAGUUGAUAUAAAUACACAAUACGUAUCUACAAAACCUAUUUUGUUUAUUAUGUAACGAAAAUUUAACUAAUCAUAAUUUAGAAAGAAUUUACAAUUAAUUAUAAUUUAGUCAAAUGUUUGCCUUUUUUAACGGCAACAUUCUGGGUAUUUCAAAUUUCAAAACAAACUAGUGUGGCUAAGUGGAUUUCAAACUCGUAAGUGGAAUUCUCCACCCUUAGCAAUGGCAUUCUACUUGUUCUUUGUUUUAGUUUGGUUCAAAACCUUUCGAAAUGUCUCGCAACGCAGCGCCUUCCUUAAAUCAGCUAGAAAAACUAGUAAACUUUUUGGAAAGCAAUCCAUGGCUGGCUAUGGGUCAUGCUCGUACUGCGAAUGCUCGCAAUCGCAGUCGUCAGGCAUGGUCCGAAAUAACGACAGCUUUGAACAGUGAAGGUGGUGGGUGUACGAAAACAUGGGAACAGUGGUGUAAGUACUGGAAGGACAAAAAAGGAGCAGUGAAGAGGAAGACCAGCUUAAUUGCAGCAGCAAGACGGCGGACUGGUGGUGGUAUAGAGGAUGUGCCAGAGCUCAGUGAAAUUGAGUUAAAAAUCCAAACAAUCAUGGGAGGAGAAAGUUUUGGUAGCGGAGAUCGGAACUUAGCAAUAAAUCCCUUUGAGGAACAGCCGAUAGAUAGAGUUGCGGAAAGUGAAGAGUCUCCCAGCAUUUUACUUGUAAGUAUUUUUAUCAGUUUAAUGAGUUACUGGCUAUUCUAUUACAAAUAUGAGAUUGUGUCAACAUUUUAUUUUCAGAAUAUUGACCUGCCAAUUGAGCAACAGCAUGCUGACCAAAGCAGAUUAUCUGAGCCAGGCUAUGAAGUGCUAUGGUCUAAUCUUCCUGCCUUUGAUGGGAACAGUGUGCAAGACAAUCUGGCACCGAUACCUUCAACCUCAGCAUCCCAGCCAGUAAUUGAACCAGCAUCAGACGCUCAUCGUUCAGAAGCUGAAGAAAACAGGGUUCUGCCAACUGAGCCAACAAGACCUAUGUUACAGCGAAAUGAUGUUUUGGAAAGGGGCAGUCAAACUCCCAGUCAGCGUUUGCCUAGAGAGACCUUACAUAGUCGCCGACGGACUCACCAACAGUCUCCGCGGCAAUCUGCCGCGCGCCGGCGUCUAUUAAGAAGGUCACCUCCCGCGCAACGCCGCUCUGAAAUGGUUAGCAUCACAGAGCGGUUCAUUGCAAUUGAAGAACGCCGAGCAGACGCAGAACUCUUGAUUGCUCAAGCAAUCAAUAAACAAGCACAGAACAGCCAAGCUACUGUUGAGGUUUUAGGUCAAGUCGGUCAAGCUAUGGUUCAGGCGCUGGAUAAAUUAGGUAGCGCUCUUAGAGAUUUAGCUAAUAAAUAAAAUGUGUGUCAAAGGACUGAUAUAUACAUUAUUAGUUAUGAUAAAAUACACUAUAUUAAGAUUGUUUUAUUAAUUAAUUAAUUGUAAUAAAAUUAUUGUACCUCCA